UUCACACGUAAAGGCUGAUGCCAACGCAGACCGUAAGAGGUUGAUGUGAAUCGACUCGAGCGUGUGACUUCUUACGUCAUGCCAGCUCAUGUAUGGCUAUGGCUACUCAUGACGUGGCAGGGAGGGCACAGCCUGCAGUGCUCGCGCGUACGGUACUAGCUUUGUGAAGCAAAUUGCAACUAGGUAGUCGAAGGAGGAGAAGAGAGAGGUGGUGUGUGAUUGGGGCGCUGCAUUGCUUUGUAGGAGGCAUCCCCAACGCCUCAGUGGGUGCUGCGAUCGAUAUAUGAUAGAUUUGCUCGACGUCGAAUGAUAUACUGGUCAACAAGGUAGAAGCAGCAGGGACGACGCUGCUCAGAGGCGUUGGAUAUAGCGGCAGCGGUUGGUCUUACAAGAAUGGCUACAGCAGUAGUAAGCUCUGCGACGGCGGUGCCUUUGGGGGGCUUACACAUUGAGUGUGGAAAUGGCGGAGAGAGGCCCUGGGGGCGGCAAUCGGUAUUCUCGGGCCACGCUGGAUCCAAUCUGAAGGGACCCCUUCGGAGUAGCUUCAACGGGAGCCGGCUAGACACUGCGGCCCAGCAAAAUCUGGGUUUGCGGUCUGCAACGAAGGGGCAGACCAUCACUGCUGAAACCCAGAAUGAUGUUGCCACCAAAGAGGAGGCUGAGCCAGUGCUGCAGGAGCCGUCCGACGAGGAGGAGACCUCAGCAUUCAUCGAGUCGGUCACUAGCCUCAUCAAGCUGGUCGACUCCCGCGACAUCGUCGAGCUCGAACUGAAGCACAAGGACAUUGAGAUCGUCAUCCGGAAGAAGGAGGCGCUCACCCCUGCCGCCGCCCCCGCUCCUGCUCAGCAGCCCCAACCCCAGUUCUUCAAUUACGGUCCCCCCCCGCAACAACAGCAGAGCGCACCCCCUGCGGCGCCUGCCCCCGCCGCAGCCCCUGCGGCUGCGCCGGCGCCUACCCCUGCGCCUGCGGCGUCGGGACACACUCUAGCAUCCCCCAUGGCGGGGACAUUCUACAGGUGCCCCGCACCAGGAGAGCCUCCGUUUGUGAAGGAGGGAGACAGGGUCGUCAAGGGGCAGCCCAUUUGCAUCGUAGAGGCUAUGAAGCUUAUGAACGAAAUCGAGGCCGACAAGUCAGGAACCGUCAAGCAGAUUCUGGCCGAGGAUACCAAGCCGGUGGCGGCAGGAACGCCACUUUUCAUCAUCGAGCCAUAGACGUCAUACAGCGAACUACGAAAGCAUCGGCAUCUCCAAGGAAAAGGUUCCUUCUUGGAUCAGUCCCCCACUUAGGAGUCGUGAGUUGGAUUGAGAGGAUCACCAACUUCGGGAUCGUGAAACUUGCCAGCAAGAGAUACUUUCAUAACGCUCACAAGUACCGUUGGUUUGGUUUAAGCGUCCCCUUCGUCAAUUGUAUGUUUCCUUGUGCAGUAGCUUCCAUCCCGCCGAGUAUGUUCUCUAAGCCCACGGCGGCAAGGGUACUUGUCAUAUGCGGCUGCACACCAGUGAAAGGCCAUGGAUGUGCAUGUCAUACGUUACACGGAAGCCGGCCCAAACAGACCUUGGCAGCUGCAUCAGCUCCUAUCUAUAACAUGCG